GCCACAACAGCAUCUUGUAUUGGUUGCGUGUUCAACAACGGCAGCGUUGUUAUGUAUAAAGAAGUGUGCUGUUGCUUUCAACGCAACAGUGUGAUUUGAGCGUAAGACUACGGGCGGUGUAUUCUCUUAAAAUCUCAUUGUAUUGACGACAUUAGCUUGUGCUUCUACCUGUACUGACAAGUAAGUUUUCAUCGGUGUUUAAUUUUUCUGGUAAUGUUAGAACGAUUUAAAUUAUUUUAAUAAUUAUUUUAAAAUCGUAGAAUUUUUUAAUUUAUUUUUGUUGUGUGUGUGCACGGUACAAUCCAAAUAGCAAAGUUCUCAUUCUUCACUCUCAGGUGUUAUAUAAUCUUCUUAAUCCUUAUUCCUUAUGUAGCAUCAAUUAUCUUUUCGUCAAAAUUACGCAUGCCUUCCAUUCAAAGUUACUGAAAGAAAGAUUCCAACAGAAGUUGUAGAUGUUGAUGUGUUGUCAUGGAUACAUGAACUUUAAAGUCGAUUCGAGAAGAGAGGGGGGGGCGGGGGAGAUUACUUUCGUGGGACACAGUUUUGGUAUAUUCGACAGUUAGUAUUUAUUUUUUACGAAAAAUAAAAUUUGAGUCAAGCUGAGGUUAUCACUCUUUUUGCCCCACCUACAAUUACUGAAAACAUACUCUUUGAUUCAUAAAACCCUCAUCCAGCCUCCACUAAUUUGUCUGCCAACCUCUUUUAACCUACUGCAUUGUCAUCUUUAACCGAUUGGAAACCUUUUUUUUUGAAGUUGGUGGUAGCCCGGAAUACAUUUCUUAAAAUGAACGUAUUCAAACCAAGUCACAGCCACUGACAAAACGUUAGUGGCUAAUGUUGUUUACAAGUGGAGAACAACAAAUUGAAGGUCUCGGGCAUGAUGUACGAAGCUGUAGAAAUGGACUUAAAUUGAAAGUGUUUUCUGCCCCCAUGCAGUGGCGUAUCGAGGGUUUUUGGCGCCCGGGGACAAGAUCCAUUUUCAGCGCCCCUUUUUCUUUUUUUCAACUCUCAAACCCAUUAGCUUCAUCAAUAAAAUAAUAUCAAAGCACAUUUUGGCGCCCCUAACUAGCUGGCGCCCGGGGACAUCUGUCCGCCCCCUGCCCCCACCACGCUACGCCUCUGCCCCCAUGAGAUCAAACCAAACCUUCCUUCCCUGCGCCUACCAUUCACGAAUUGUGCAAGCUUUGUAACGCUACGUCUCACAUAGGAUAUACUGGUGGCGACUGGGAAAAGGGAAAAAAAAAGUGAAUUUGAUUAAAGAAAUACUGUAUAUCCCCUGAUUUUAGACAACUCAAUGAGCGCAAUCGGUUCAAAGGGCAAAUGUUUGGAUAAAACUUCACGGAUCAUUUGGGCAUUUCGGGAGCCCCCGUAAUUUAAUAUCAGACUUCAAGCUCGAAAAAAGAUAGUGUCAGUUCCCAAAACAUCCGAUGAGUUUUCUUAAGUUUGCUGUGUUCGGAAACGCCUGUACACCAUGCAAGGCAAGCGCUCCAUGGAGUAUAGAAGACUUUCCCAUCACAUAACCACCUUAUUUUACAACGGAGUCAUUUAAGCCCAACUCAAGUCAUUGGCGUAACUGUGUGGUGUGAUUCUGACUAAAGCGACUUCUUUUUUUAAUGUAGAUUUCACCCCCCCCCCAAACCCACCUAAAUAAGUCCCCUAAAUCCUAGUUCCACACCUCGUCUCGUCUGAGACAUAAAGUUCUUGAGUUUCUGCAAUAAUUAAUUGCAGUGUUUGUUGAGUUCUAAAUACAAUAUUUUGCGGAUGUUUCACAAAAAAAAACUAAAGCGACUUCUUUUUUUAAUGUAGAUUUCACCCCCCCCCCAAACCCACCUAAAUAAGUCCCCUAAAUCCUAGUUCCACACCUCGUCUCGUCUGAGCCAUAACGUUCUUGAGUUUCUGCAAUAAUUAAUUUCUUUUUUUGUUUGGUUCUAAAUACAAUAUUUUGCGAAUUUUUCACAAAAAAAAAAAAAAAAAAAAGAAAGAAACAACAAGACAACAAAUAUCCAAGCCAAUUUAUUAACACCAUCAUGAGCUUUGUACAGAUGGGUCUAAACAAACCACGACUGUCCCGCUACACCAUUUCUGUAGGAAUAUUUCUUUUUGCUCACAGAUCUCAGUGAUUCAGACACCAAAAACUCGCAAAAUAUUAAACAGGUAAGAAUUAUUCUCAAAUUAUGUCAUUGUUAUUAGUAAUAUGUCUGUUAUCAUCAAUAAUAUAAUUUUAACUAUAUUUUUUUAUUAUUAUCAUUAUUAUCAUUAUUUUAAAAUGAUUGCACAUACACAAAUGGGAUACACAAAAUCAGGCAAAAUGAUAAAUUAUUUCUGCAAAAUUACUCAUCCCGUUUGUUUAAAUUUUAGAAUCUUAAAAUAAUUAAGUUUAUUAUAUUCCUUUGUAACAGUAAUAAAUUUUAAACUACUCUCCCUUUGGGGUUGGGGGAUGUGGUGGUGAACUAAGAAAACAUUCAAAUCGUUUCAAUGUCAUUUAUAAGAUUGAAUCACAAGUACCAUAACCACUACUCGGAAAUUUAACAAAUUAUUUUUUUCCCCUUUCUUUUUCCAGUCCACAACACGCUCAGUCAUGGACGCCAUUAGUUUCCAUCAAGACCGUCCAGGCCUGAAGAGCACUGGCGACUACAACAGGCUGUCGUCGUCGUCAUCGUCAAAGCAGAUUUCACCAUCAGAAACCGAUGCCAACGGGGAGCACAUCUACGCCUUGUCUGACAGGAUUCGUAACAGCAGCCAGGCGAUCGCGUCUCUGGCGGUGUCGAACAGACCUAACAAUGAUAAAAACACGCGUCCCUCCAUGCUCGAAGACAAUCCGCCAGGGAAAAAUAACACCAUGGUCUGCUCCCAACCCCUUCCACCAGUGGUUCUUCAAAAUAAUGCUCCUAGUAUGCUGACUCCCGUUCAGAUACCAUUGUACUACAAUUAUUUAAAUGAGUCUUCCACUGAUGAAUCCAUUACAAAUUCCAAAGAAAAGAGAAUUCGCCCAUCAGAAGACAGAGAAUUACCGGGUAUUCCCAAUAGCACGGUGCGGACCAGAAAUAAUGCGCUCACUUCCGGAGAUCCCCGUAAUCGCGGCUCUUCCAGGAAUCAACUCAUAAGCACCUCAAAUAAAGCGCCCAUGGAAGUAGAGUCACAAAAAGCCAACAAUUUAAGCGUAAGCUAUCGUCACUGUUUCGCCGCCGUCUUUAUCUUUGCGUUGGUGGCGCUGGCCAUCGUGGGGUCAACUUUGGGAGGGGUCAUCCUCGUGGGGUUCAGAAUUCAAGAUAGGAUCCAGGGCACGUUUUCUGAGGCUAGUGACAAAAUGGCCGCGAUGCUGGAAGACUCACACGCCAACUUGACCAGGAAAGUCGGCGCGCUGUGCUCGGCCAAUCAAGACGUCUCCGAUGUGAGAGUACUAUUCAGCGACAGCUGCUACUGCCUUUACUGGAGAAAGCUCUCGUGGUUCGACGCGCGCGAGUUUUGCUUGGAGCUCGGGAACGGGGUGCACCUGGCGGAGAUUUACGAUACCAGGACCAACGAUAUUCUGCUGCCCAUCUUCCAACACUCGCCAGUCAACGACGGCAUCUGGCUCGGGGGGUCCGACCUGGUUGAGACGGGCAAGUGGGUGUGGAAUUACACCGGGAGGGCGCUGGAAACGUUUUCGCCCACCUCACAAUGGGAGCCCGGAGAGCCAAGCAACUUCAGCCACCUGAAUUACCCCGAGCACUGCCUGUACUUGUACAAAUGGAGAGUGCCCAACUUCAUGUGGAACGAUCACGUGUGCACUGACGUCAAGCCAUUUGUCUGCAAGUCUUCCCACGAAAACUCUAAAUGUCACUGCUGAGACCAAAGUCAAGGAGUGCGUCAAAUUGUUUGGGGGGGGGGUUACUGGUAAUGGGUCAAAUUCUUUUUCGUCUGGAAAUGUCAACAUUAUUGGUUUUUGGUUUGUUUGUUUGUUUGUUUUUUGUUUUUUAAAGAGGUUUUUUUUCAAACAUGCGUCAAUGUUCUUUACUCAUUGUUUGAAACACGUUUUCUCUUUACUGAUAUCAUUUUUAAAAUAAAAAUUCUUUUUUUUUUUUAGCUGCCCUUUCAAUUAGCAGGACGCCAUAUUUUAUCUAUAAACCGGAAAUAACCCCCCUUAACAGUGGUGGACGCAAUGCGUAAACUUCCAAUCUACUAAAAAUUACUUAACGAAUCAUGCACUCCAUUGUAACGCACUUUAUAAGAGUCCCCAUCGCUGCUAACUUCUGAUCAUUUUUAUGCUGCAUCACCACCAUUGAUCGCGGCUUUACAGCCUUACAUACAUACCUAGAGAAUUAAUAUUUGGGAUAAACUUUGCAUUUUUAAGCUAAUUUAUUUACAAGAUAUCUGCCGAUCCCAUGUUGUAGUUUUGCUGUUGAUACCGU